UCUCUCCCGGAACUCUGCAGCCGCAACGGCUCUCACUAUUUCACCAUCGGGGGUUCGGUCCAACAUGGCAGCUUACGGAUGGAAAUACUGAUGACAGUCCGAAAGAUCGCCUCGAUUUGUACGAUGGGCGCCAAUGCCUCUGCCUUGGAAAAGGAGAUUGGACCGGAACAGUUUCCCGUUAAUGAACACUACUUCGGAUUGGUUAACUUUGGCAACACCUGCUACUGUAACUCAGUGCUGCAGGCUCUCUACUUCUGUCGACCGUUCAGGGAGAAGGUGUUGGCGUAUAAGGUGCAGCCGCGUCGUAAGGAGUCCCUGCUCACCUGUCUGGCCGACUUGUUCAACAGCAUCGCCACACAGAAGAAGAAAGUCGGAGUCAUCCCACCCAAGAAAUUCAUCUCACGACUGAGAAAAGAAAAUGAGCUGUUUGACAACUACAUGCAACAGGACGCCCACGAAUUCCUCAACUACCUCCUCAACACCAUCGCCGACCUGCUCCAGGAGGAGAAGAGCCAGGAGCGACAGCAGAACGGAAAACUGGUGCAGAAUGGAGGAGGAGGAGGAGGAGGUGGAGGAGGAGGUGGAGGUGGUGGUGGAGGAGAGGGAGGAGGAGGAGGAGACGGGGAAAGUGGAAAGGAGACGCAACAGACUUGGGUCCACGAGAUCUUCCAAGGCACACUGACGAACGAGACGCGCUGCCUCAACUGUGAAGCUGUGAGCAGUAAAGACGAGGACUUCCUGGAUCUGUCGGUGGACGUGGAGCAGAACACUUCCAUCACACACUGUCUCAGGGGCUUCAGCAACACAGAGACGUUAUGUAGUGAAUAUAAGUACUACUGUGAGCAGUGUCGCAGCAAACAGGAAGCUCAGAAAAGGAUGAGGGUAAAGAAGCUGCCGAUGAUUCUCGCCCUCCACCUGAAGCGCUUUAAGUACAUGGACCAGCUGCACCGCUACACCAAACUGUCCUAUCGCGUCGUCUUCCCGCUGGAGCUCCGCCUCUUCAACACGUCCGGAGACGCCACCAACCCGGACCGCAUGUACGACCUGGUGGCUGUUGUUGUACACUGUGGCAGUGGUCCAAACCGUGGCCAUUACAUCACCAUCGUCAAGAGCCACGGCUUCUGGCUGCUGUUUGACGACGACAUCGUAGAGAAAAUCGACGCCCAGGCGAUCGAGGAGUUCUACGGUCUGACGUCGGACAUCUCCAAGAACUCCGAGUCGGGAUACAUCCUGUUCUACCAGUCCAGAGACUGAUCCGGGCCAGUGGUAAAUCCCCAACGAACUGUCACUCAACAGAGGGGGGAGGAGGAGGAGGAAGAGGAGGGGCUUACGGCAGCCACCGACUCCGCCCAGUACGCUCACAUAAGUAUCCAGGCUUUAUUUCCUGUAGGCGGAGCUUUGCACUGGAGCGUCACAGCGGAUCGGUUGAGACGUCGUGUGCAGGUUUUUUUCGAAUGCCAGCCUCCUGGAUCGAGACCGUUA